GGGCCUUUUUUUUUUUUGAUGCAGCCGAACGGGGCCUUACUUAUCGAAUAAAAAAACAUGUGCAUGAGGUUCAUUAUCUUUUAUCCACGCUUUUUGACAAAAUCCUUUAAUAUACAGCGGAGGACACUUCCCCGCCCGACCACCGUCGAUUAUUUACUCUCCGGCCGCCGUAUUUUGAUGGUCUUGAAUAUGCCACCACCCACAUUCACAAUCUCAUCAAAUUCCCAUUUUCAUGGAGGCUGAAGUUAGUGUAGUUACUCUCAAGUUGCAAUCUUGUACUCUGCUUAUAACAUAGCUUUUAUCUUCAUGCCCCUUUGUCAAGCACUUAAAGGUGUUUGUUUUAAUGCUUCAAUGAAUCUGAAAACAAAUAUUAAAAGCUGUAGCUUUUCACAGAUGAUAUUAGUAUCACCAUUGAGUUGCCCAUGUAAAAGGGUUGCUUGUCCUUUCUUUGCUAGUUUUUACAGUAGGAAAAUAUUCAUUACCCACAAGAGGAAAUUGGGUGUUACUCGUUUAGUUAGUCGGGGUGCGAAAUAUAGUCUUUCUGGUGAUUUGGAUGGUAAGGGCUUGUCUCAAGAGCCUGUUGCAUUUGGUACUUCUAACAUUACUGAUUUUAGAGAAGAUCCUAUAGUUGAUAAGCUCAGGACACAGUUAGGAGUUAUUCAUCCUAUUCCCUCUCCUCCGUUUAAUUCGAACAUUGUGGGGUUGUUUGUGUUCUUCUUCUUUGUUGGGGUUGUGUUUGAAAAGGUUUGGACUUUGAGGAAGAGGAGUAAGUCUGGGAGUGAGGGAGGGCCGGGUAUGUGGCCGCAAGUGCCCUCAAGCUUCUCUCUGUUUCUUGAAAAGGAUUUGCAAAGAAAAGAGUCGGUGGAAUGGGUGAAUAUGGUUUUGGGGAAGUUGUGGAAGGUUUAUAAGCCUGGGCUUGAGAAUUGGGUCAUUGGGUUGCUACAGCCAGUGAUUGAUAAUCUAAGGAAACCUGAUUACGUGGAGAGAGUUGAAAUUAAGCAGUUUUCGUUGGGAGAUGAGCCAUUCUUAGUUAGGAAUGUCGAGCGCAGAACCUCACGUGGUGUCAAUGAUCUCCAGUACCAAAUAGGCAUCCGUUACACAGGUGGUGCUCGGAUGCUGCUAGGGCUAUCACUUAAGUUUGGAAUUAUCCCCAUUGUUGUGCCUGUGGGUGUUCGAGAUUUUGACAUUGACGGGGAACUUUGGGUGAAGCUGAGACUGAUUCAAUCAGCACCUUGGGUGGGUGCUGUUUCAUGGGCCUUUGUUUCGCUUCCAAAGAUUAAAGUUGUUUUGACACCAUUUCGCUUAUUCAAUAUAAUGGCGAUUCCUGUUCUAUCAAAGUUUUUGACAAAGCUCCUGACUGAGGAUUUGCCGCGGCUAUUUGUUCGUCCAAAGAAGAUUGUCUUGGAUUUUCAAAAAGGAAAAUCGAUUGGCCCAGCUCCAAAUGAUUAUAAGUCGGAAGAAAUACAAGAAGGGAACAAAGAGUAUGUUGGAGAAUUAUCAGUAACCCUUGUAGAUGCUAGAAAGCUGCCCUAUCUUAUCUCUGGUAAAACGGAUCCAUAUGUCAUUCUAAGGCUGGGAAAUCAAGUUAUACGUAGCAAAAAUAAUAGUCAAACGACUGUUAUCGGAUCUCCUGGUGAGCCGAUUUGGAAUCAGGAUUUUGAUAUGCUAGUUACAAAUCCUAGAAAACAAAAAUUAUAUAUUCAAGUUAAUGACUCCCUUGGGUUUGCAGAUUUAACUACUGGAACCGGAGAGGUUGAUCUUGGUUCACUAAAAGAUACAGUACCAACAGAUAGAAUUGUAGCCUUGCAAGGAGGAUGGAGACCAUUUGGAGAUAGAUUUGCUGGUGAAAUAUUACUCCGACUUACAUAUAAAGGAUAUGUUGAGGAUGACGAAGAUGAAACAACGGCAGCAAAACUGAUGGAUACUGAUGUUUCUGAUGAUGAAAUGUUUGAUUCUGAAGACAUGUAUGCAACAUAUGAGCAGCUGAAAAAGGAUUCUUCUAGUGGAACAGAUAAAGAAACAUUUAUGGAUGUUUUAGCAGCUCUACUUGUCAGUGAGGAAUUUCAAGGUAUUGUGGCAUCCGAAACAGGAAAUGCGAGAUCUUCGGAUGAUGUGACUGCUUCAGUAUCAACAUCAAGCUCAGGUGGUCCCAAUACCGAAAUGGUACCACCUAAUUCUGAGAGUGGCAAUCAAACUUUUAUAGGCUCUUCCUUAUUUUGGCUUGCCGUAGUCACAAGCAUCUUGGUGGUUAUUGCUAUGAACAUGGAUGGUGGAAGUAUAUUCAAUCCCUAAUGAAUAUAUCAGUUCAUGGAAAUAUAUGCUUAUGACUGAUCAAGAUUUUGCAUUUUUUUUCCACUCAGGAAAUACCUGUGUAACUACAAAGAGUUGGAGUCAUGAAUGUUUUCCCAACUGAUGUAUGAUUGUAGUCACGUGUGCAUAUUCAUAUAAAAAUUGGGCAAGUAUAUCAGAUUUGCUUCCUUUUUAAUAUACUGAGAUAAAAAUCAUAAGAUGGAUGACUUCUACUUUUGAAAAAUGUGUGUGCUCAAGAGUGUGCACAUUUAUUCAUUCUACAUGACUAAGAGGACUACCACUAACUGGUAUAUCUUGUACUUUCAUAUAUAAUCUUAUACUUUAUGUUAUUUGUGAUUUAAAUGUUUAGGUGUAAUCAUAUAAGUGCAAUAAUUAUGUAGCAGCUCUUUAUCUAUGUGUUUGUAAGGAGGUCUGAACUACUAGAUACCAUCCAAGUUGACUUCUAGUAUGGAAAUUUUACGUGGAGUAGUUUUCGUGAUGUGGUACGAGUAGUAGUUUUUGUGCUGUGGAGCGAGGAAUAAAAAUACAAUUUCUAUUUAUUUUAUUUUAUUAGUAAGUAAAUAAGAGAUUUGAUUGUAAUUUCUUAGAUAUUAUUUACAUGAGUGAAUUGCAUUUUGUACCCCUUAGCUUUGCCCAAAAAUCAAUUCUGUAUACCUAUUUUGGGAAAUUACACUUUGCAUCCCUUAAUCUCUUUUUCAUCAAACACACUAAUCAAAGGAGGCAAAGUUCAUACAAAUUUAAAGGUUGAUUACGAGAGACCAAAUUACAAGAAGUUCCAGUUACACUAUUACGCGUAGAGAUUAUUUACCUGAAGAAGAAAGUGAGUUAUAGAGAUCACAGUAUUGUUAGAAUUGAUUAUACUAAUAAUACCCUUGCAAAAAGUAACGUGAACAUCUUAAUUGGACGGCAAAGAUGUAUAAGGGGCGCUAUUUAUAUCGAAUUUGAAAUUAAUGAGAUGCAAAAUGCAAUUUUCUAAAAUAGGUAUACAAAAUUGAUUUUUGUUUAUAGCUAAGGGGUGCGAAAUGCAAUUCACUCUUAAUUAUAUAUGAUAAAUAGAUUAUUACAGAUAUUCUAGCUUUGUAUAUUAUAGUAGUCGAAUAGUAGAAAGAUUUGUUUCCUUUAUUAUAAAGAUUCUGAGUGGUGGGUUAAGUUUAGGUAUUUACUCCUAUAUAAUGAGAUGUAAUAUAUCACUUUUAGAAGACUAACUGAUUAUGAUUGAAUUAAGGAUUGUUUCUCUCUUGUUAUGGCUGCCAUUCAUAUUUUAUGCAAACUCUUCUCUUCUCUUCUACGGUUCAGAAAUCCUAGGGGUAGUGGUUCUUCUGCGGUUGAAUCACCUUAGAGUUUGUGGGUUUUCUGUGUUUGAUCCUCAAUAUCUAUCCUUUUCCUUGUUUCCCUUUCUUGUCGUACAUCAUUUUGUGGUCAUAGGUACUCCUAUUACCAUUUACUUAAGCUAGCUGGCUGGAAAUGUCAGGUUCAUAUCUCGCAUAUAACUUACCAUUAGUUAUAGUCUCUGACUCUGUAAACUUUUUAAACUGCACCACCACUUUAGCUGGGUAUCUUUCCUUGUAAAAGUUAUUCCUCCGAUUGUUCAGUCCCACUUCCAUCCCUAAAAGCUAGGGUGGGAGAUUGUAAAGCAUAUCAGAUCAACAGUAGCAUACCUAUUUGACAGCAAUGCAGCUGUAAGUAUGUAAAAGUAGCGCUUAUAAGCUAGUAGAAGCAUAACAAUUGCCCCUGAAAAGUACAGAGACAUCCAGAUGUUGUGCCAGCUGAGAUUUGAUUUUGAACAGGAAUAUGCUGCAACCAAGCUAGUUGCUUUUAUUAACGGAAUAAAAUGUUUUUUUCUAGUUUAUAUGUGAAAACUCUCUCCUAUCCUUUUAUUCUUUAUCAAUUCUUUUAACAAGUCCAAUUAAAAUGAAAACAUAUUACAAUCAUCUACCUGUUCAGUUUUUAAGGCUAUUUACCUGUUUAACUUAUAAGUUUAUACAUUGUUAUACUUCAUCAACUCUGUUUUGCACCACAGCGAC